AUGGAAUUCUCAGAUUUUCCACUCGAGAUAGUUUAUCUCAUCGCCGAUAGCUUGGAACUAGACAGCGAGAUCAGCGCUCUCUCACGAACAACCCGCCGACUGUACAACUCAUUGGACAGCUACCUAUACCAGCAUAAUGUUAGACGUUACAACAGUUGUGCCCUUGAAUGGGCAGCUCUCCACGGCCGUGCGUCCGUUACUCACAAACUACUCAAAGCCGGAGCCCCACCUUUCGCUACAGUUUACGAGAACAUGCAGCCGAUUUGGCGUCUGCUUAUGGGCACGUGGAUGCAGAUGCUGUCUAGAUAA